CCACUGUUCCCUGAUCCCCAGCGAUGAUUGGCUGACAACCAGGUGGGUGGAUCAGCAGAAAAACAAACAUUGCCACAGGCUUUGCCACUCUGUACCUGUGUGUUGACUGCCUGCAGUUCACUUUAGGCUCGGGUCAGAUACCCUCUCUCAACCUUUCAGCCCAAUCCGACUCGCCGCUUCCUUUCUCCACGCAGCCAUGAGGACCACUGUGCUUGCUGUCGUCAUGGUGAUGUUGUGCGUGAUGAUGGUGCACGCAGACGUGAAGCCGCAGAGAGAUUUCAACCUGCAGAGAUUUGCAGGGAGAUGGUAUCGGGUGGGCCUGGCCUAUGACUCUCCACGUUUUAUCCCCUUCAGAGACAAACUGAAGGCCUCCAUGGGCAUCGUCAUAGCUCUGCCAAACGGCAACGUUAACCUCACAAUGUGGGACGUCACACCUUCAGGUUGCCUGAGUAAGGUGUACGCCUACGAGAAGACCAAUGUAGCCGGACAGUUCACCUACUUCAGCACGCGCCACAACAUGGUGAAGGACAUCACAGUGGUGGACACGAACUACACUGAAUACGCUGUGGUUCUCAAACAUAAGGUUUUUAACAGAGAGUACACGCAGGUUGCACUUUACGGUCGCUCUCAAACGGUCAGAAUCGAUGUGAUUCAGAGGUUUAAAGCCUUUGCCUUGUCCCAGGGUUUCUCCAGAGAGUCUAUUCUGACUCCACCUCCAGCAGAAAAUUGCCCACCAUCAAGAUCUGGUUAGGUUCCCUGAUGUUCCUGAGAUGAUGCAUAUUCUGAUGUGCUGCUCCAGCUCUGUUCACCGCUUCACUUUUUCCCAGCAUUUACCACGAAGUACUGCGAAGAACUCAGCAAACAUCAUCAUUCUGGCUGCAAAGAUGAUACAUAGCUAAUAUUACUGAUGCAAUGUAUUCCAUAUACAAUAUAUGUUCAUAGUUCUGCUGC